AUGCGCUUCCUCGCACGAAUGCGGAACUGGGAAUUCCGCCAGCUGCCACUUGAAGCAGAAGGGGUUGUCAGCUUGCUCUGGACGGGGUCCAAUGCAGAGAAGAAAGCCAAGGGCAUUGUCUAUGGAAAGCCAGUCAACCAAGGCAUCAACAAGUGGAAGGCCGUGCGGAACCUGCGGAGCAUCGCAGAAGAACGCGUCGGUCGCAAGUGCGGAGGUCUUCGAGUGCUGAACUCCUACUGGGUGGCCCAGGAUGCUAUGCACAAGUGGUACGAGGUGAUCAUGGUGGAUCCAUUCCACUCGGCCAUUCGCAAUGACCCUCGCAUCAACUGGAUCUGCAAAAACACCAUGAAGCACCGCGAACUCCGGGGCGUUACGGCUGCAGGCCGCAAGGCUCGUGGACUUCUCAAGAAGGGCAAGCGUGCCACCAAACUCCGCCCCUCGGCCCGUGCGGUCUACCGUCGCCACAGCCUCAUGCGCCUCCGUCGCUACCGCUAG